GAGCGCCUUGCUUUCGAAAGGAUGGUGAUUGUGGAGCGUGUCCAGAGUAGAGUUAGGCGUAUAUAAGGCCCGCCGGCCCGGCCCAAGUCAGUCAUUCACCGGACUACCAGCCCACAAUACACACACCAAACAUGAAGGCCUUUAUUGUGUUCGCCUGCUUAGCGGUGGCGACGGCUCGUGCCGGUAUCGCCGGUGGAUAUGGCGGCUAUGGCGGUGGUUAUGGCGGUGGAUACGGCGGUGGCCACGGUCUGGCCAUCACUGGACGUGGAUACGGUCACGGUGCCGGCCUUAGCGGUGGACUCGCUGCUGGAGCUGGAACCGCUGCCUCCCUCCAGGGUGGUGCCUCCAGCUUGGGAUCUGGUGGUCUUGGUGCCAGCUAUGCUGCUGGUGCUGCGGCGGCGGCUGGCUCUGCUGGAGUUCAGCAGGUUGUCUCUGGUGGAGUCGUUGGUGGCAGGUCUGACAUCGGACCCGCUGAGGGACCCAAGGCCAACGUUGGACCCCAGACCGGCCCGUCUGACCUCGUUGGACCCCAGGAAGGUGCCAAGUCCGUUGGUGGACCUCGCACUGGACCGUCCAGCCUUGUAGGACCCGCUGCUGGCCCAUCCACCCUUGUUGGACCGUCUCAGGGAACCGCCACUCUUGUUGGACCUUCCCAGGCUACUGCUAACCUCGUUGGACCUAGCUACGGAGGUGUUGCCUUCUUCGCUGGUGCCGGAAACGUCAACGGUGAUGAUGGAAGCUCUGGUGCCGCUGCCAACGCCGCGCCCGGUGGUGGAUUCGGAGGUGGAUUCGGAGGUGGAUUUGGAGGUGGAGCUGGAUUCGGUGGUGCUGGCAUUGCCGUCAUCGGCGGUGGUGGUGGAAUCGGAGGUGGUGCCCUCGGUGGCGGUGAUGCCGGAGUUGCUGUGAUCAACGGACCAUCUGGCGCCAUCCACGCCGGACUCGGCGCUCACGGAGCUGUCAUCCCCGCGGCCGUUGGCAAGUGGUAGACGUUUAAAGACCCCAGCGAUCUCGGCUCGGCGACGGCGGCAAACCCACCACAGUCACUUACCGGUCUCGAACGAUCCUCAAACGCGCUCAACGUCUUCUUCCCAAAGCUUCGUUCAGCCUCGGACAUGGUCGGGGCGCCAGGCGCCAGUGAUAUGAUCAGUAGACACUCGGAACAAACGUAAAAUGGUCGAUCGGUCGUACAUACAGACACCAUGAGCCCACGAAGCGCAAACCGAAACGCGACGGACGCGCGUCCGUGUCGGAUCAGAUAAGAUCGUCGGGGACGACACCGAGGUACGGGCCAUUCGUGAUCCGCGACUUCGCGUCGUUUUCUCCUCGUUAUCGACCCGGGUGUCCGUUACAGUCGGGUGACUCGGGUAAAAUUUAGUCAAUUUCCGUUCAUCGACCGACGAUAGAGGGAAAUCGACUCGAGUCGCGAUUACCGAUCUCGGUUGGCGACCUUCCGGGGCCGUCUCGAACACCUUGUCGCUUCCCGACGCGCUUUCGCCCGCGAUCGGCGAACGUCGCGUCUCCCGGACUACCACACUACACCCGCCGCGCGUCCUCCGAGUUGUGUAACGUCGUCACCGUGUGCUAACCAAUCACCUGUGCACACCCGCGAAAGCGUCACACCCAGCACCGCCAUGGUACCUAGCCAGUGGACAAGCUUUGGCACUUCGUCGUCGGACCAACUGGAUCUGUUCUGUUUUCUGAACACCUACCGUUGCUCCGGCUAAACCUUCUUCUCUUACGUCUUCCACCAUCCGUAAGGCCGCCGCUCUUCUCACGCACAUAUUAUUAUUUCUCUCUUUUUCCAUGGGUCAGGGCGCGUCGGCAGUCGCGUCCCGUCCCACAUGUUGUUAUACUUACCGCCGCACCCAAGCAUACAUAUUAUUAUUACAUACUCGUCCCAUGCGCAUAUGUCUUCUUUUUAUAUAUAUAUAUAUGUAUACAUACUAUUACUAUUACCUUCGCGCAUAUAUAUAUAUAUAUGAACACAUUGCCACACGCGCGCACACACACAUACACUAUAUUGCUAUAUGUGUACUCGUAUAUAUACACACAAAUACACAUAUAUUAUAUAAUCGUGUUAUAUGUUAGUGAAAAGGAGAGACCGGUAGAUUAUGGUAGGUCAGCCUUUCGUGAGUGAAUGAAUGUACAUAGACGGCGCGCCGCCGCCGGCCCCCGACCCCGCCCGCCCUCGUCAUACCCUUUCUUUGCGAUCACGACUAGCACCCCACCACCAC